AUGGCCACAACGCUGCCGUAUCGACCGUCAAACGACUCCCUGUCCACCUCUAAUGCAAAGACCAAUGGCCUUCCUCGACUUUCUCCUUCACCCUCAUUUGUGGGCCGCUCGCCAAGCGGCUCCCAGAUGUCCUUUCGACGCACAUCAACCGAGAAUUCGGCGGGGUAUAAGCAGCGCCGAUGCAAGUCACAAUACCCGCUAGACUCGCCGGAGCGCCAUGUGGAGUAUAUCCUGGUGGCGUCUUUCCACAUUGAUCGGGGUCCGAUCAUGGAGCAUCAGUAUCCGGCAGCGAUCAGUGGUGACGAGAGCAUGCUGGCAGAGCUAAUGCUGCCCGACCAAACGCACGUGCGAAGCCAGGACUGGACAAUUUUCUUCUUGCAUAAGGACACUAGCGGUGAAGAAGAGGAAGAGACAGAGGAUGGAAAGAAAAAGAAGAAACGCAAGUCAAAAUAUCAUGCAAACGAGGAAGCCGCCCAUCUUCAGGAAGAGCAGCCGGCCUCGGAUGAGGACAGCAGUGACGACGAGGAGGGCGGAGAGGGUCCACCCUUGAUGUAUGUUCUGAACUUGGUAAAUACCAAGCAGGAUAAUACAGUUCGGAGAGGUGCAGUGGUGAAGGCGAUGGCUAUUUGUACAAGGCAUUCGUUUCUCCACAUAUACAAGCCACUUCUACUCCUCGCGCUUGAAGACUACUUCAAAUCACCCUAUCCCGAGACCCUCGCUUCCCUGUACGAUGCUGUUAACUCCAUGGACCUCUCGUUAAUGCCCAAAAUGUCCCUCUUGGAACGCCACAUCUUGCAGUCCAGCAACACAAAAGAAAUGUUUAUUGAGAAGUUUGAGCAAAUGGUUCGCCAGCGGGAAGAGGAGGAGAUGGAAAAUGGAGAUGUUCCCCCUUCGCCAAAGAAAAUGAGUCGAUACGUCCUCCCCCGAGAUACCCACGAGUUCGAGUCGAAAGUGGUCUAUAACGACAUACCCAUCCCUGUUAAAAUUCCUACAGUCAUUUGGCCCGAGACAGUGGGUGACUUCUCCCUCGUCAAGCUCAUCCAGACUUUCGCCGGGCCUCAUGCUACGUCUCCUCAACCUUUCCCGAGCCAUCCUCACUUGACCACCAGUGGCCCGCUCACCCAUCCGAUUAUUGUCCUCGUCAAUGCAAUUCUUACCCAGAAACGGGUGGUCUUCCUGGGACACAACCGCCCGUCAGGGGAAGUAGCCGAAGCAGUCCUGGCAGCCUGCGCACUUGCGUCUGGUGGAGUUCUGAGGGGAUUCACCCGCCAUGCCUUCCCUUAUACUGACCUCACCAAGAUUGAUGAUCUUCUCAAUGUUCCCGGUUUUAUUGCUGGUGUUACAAACCCGACUUUUGCGAAUCACCCAGAAUGGUGGGAUGUGCUAUGCGACUUACCAACGGGCAGAAUGAAGAUUUCCAGUCACGUUGAGCCUGCUCCUGUAACAGAGGGUCUCCUGUUUUUCCAACAACAGAAUUCUCUUUUGCCUAACCAGGCUUCCAAUGCCAAUCAUGAUCCCACCGGAGACACUUUGUUCAUGGAGGAUAUCUUGCGCAGCAUCAGCCAACGUCAUGGUGAGAAUGCAAUCCGGGCGAAGUGGUGUGCCUACAUCAUGAAAUUUGUCCGAGUCUCUGCGGCCUUCGAGGAAGCUGUCUAUGGAGCUUCUAAUCUCUAUAUCAUUGGCCCUGGCGAGGAGCUUUCCCCCGACAGUCCUACGGGCCAACAAACAGAUGCCUUGGACCCAUCAUCCCUUCGGGGUCACGGAUAUGUAUGGCAGGAUGAAGUUGCUAAGCAACGUGAGCUUUCAGCAUCUGUAUCCCGAAUCGAGGGCUGGCGAAAUACCCGGUCAUAUUAUUCUUAUAUUCAGGACAUCGCAGCCAAGUACUGGCCUGCGCGCCCUAUUCAGCGGCCUGACUUGAAUCAUCACCACGACCGACUACGGUCUUUGAAACUAUCUCAUGCGGAAGCCGGUGCUAUCUACCUUGCCCUUGCUCAUGCAGUAAAGGACUAUGCUGGCAUUUGUCAACUGCUAGCAGCUGCCCCGGAGAACCAGGCUGGCCUGUUCUACCUCAGCAUGGGUCUUUUCCAUCCGGAUCAGGUUGUACGUGAGGCAACAUGCGAUUUACUGGAACGUAUUGGAGCACACCCAGCUGGGCGACAUUUCUGGUCUCAUCUCAGCCGAUUCGCAAAGCUGGGUUAUUUCCGCGUGAAGCGGGACCGUGAUGCCGCACAAAGUCCUAUCUCUGGCCCCGUCUCCGGUGCUGGCUCUCCUACAAGCAACAGCGGUACUAGCUUUGGCGGUGAGCCACAGAGUCUUGUCGGCGUUGCUCUUGGAGACAGCUUUAAACGCCAGAGUUGA